GGAGGGGGACAGAACUAGGGCGGGGCUUCCAGGAGCAGGCUUGAAAGCUGCUGUCAAAACAGCUCAAAGUGACAACUUGGACUCAGAGUGUCACAUUGCUGUGUGUGUGCGUGAGUGUGUGAGUGUGUGUGCCCAUAGCCCAGGGUGUUUUCAGGUAUAAUGAGUCCUUGUAGCAUUAUGUGCAGCUUCUGUAUGUAGGCCAGUACACAAUGGCAUCCAGGGCAACCAUCACUUUUGUCAGUUACAAAACAAAACGGCGUUAAGCUGGUGGGAAAUUUGCUGCAGAAAUAACUCUAAGCAAAGGAAAUGAUGGGGGAAAGCUAUGUUUAGCCUUCACGCUGUGGUUGUCUAUGUACUGUGAACUUCAGGUCGAUGGUUGUAAUGCCUUUUUUUUCUACUUUAAUUUCCUCCUCAGUGGCCAUCCACGCAUUAAUAUGCAGCGACACAUCUGUCUCAGGUUUGAGUUGAGGCAACACAGACAAGCUGCCUGCACUCUUAGUCCAAUGAAGGGCCACCUUACUCAGAGUAUUCUGUCUUCAUCCAUCAUCUAUUUUUGCCGUCUUCCUUUUUCUAUGAUGAUGUAUCAUAAGCUCUGAUGUACCAUAGGGAGACGUGGGUGUAGGUGGAAUAAUCUAAAUGGGAAAAAGACAUUGAACUCCUCAGAUUUCACUGCUACUUUGUGAGCUCACUAAUCUUCCAGGCAUAUGAUUUGCCCUGAUAUCAUUUAUACACAACCGUCUAACUUGCCCAAACACACCAACAAGUGGCUGCUAUGUCUGGAGAGAGUCAAAGAGAUAAAUGAAUAAUAAAGACUGAUCCUGAAAAAAGAAAAAUGCAGUAGUGUGACUAUAUUCUAUUGGGAGACAAAUACACUAUGUAUGUUAAUAGAAACCAAAGAGAGGAUUAGCUGCUUCAAAGGUAGCAGUCAUCUCUGCCUUUUCCAAACUGAUCCUGUUUGUGAGUGUGGCUGGACGGGCGAACAGACUGAAAAGCGUAUGGACGAGGCUCGUGCAAACAGAGCCAGACAGCCUUCAGCACUACAGACAGAGGAGGCGGAGGGGAGAGAGGGAAGAAAAACAGGGAGAAGAGCAUCAGUAAAGUAGAAUCCCAGAGCCUGAUUACAAGACCUGCUCUCAUCUGCCUGGAAAAUGUGACUGGACUGUCUGGAGGGGGUGGAGGCGUCACAUUCCAGUUCACAUCCCACUUCACAUCCCAUUUCUUACUUGCUGGGGGAUGAUAGUCAUUGCAGAGGGAUGAAACCGAAGGGAAGACCUGUGCUGAAUCUAUUUGACUUGCUGCCUCUCCUUUUUGUUGUAGCAAACUCCCUUUCACUAAGCAAACGGCUUCUUUUGGUCGUAACGGUAUUUAUAUGGUUAAAGACAGAAAUGCAUAGUGGUGGCAAAUCGAAUGAAAAGGCAGCCCGCAUGUUUUAUCCCCUAUCAGUCAUGCUGACAUGGUUUGGGACCACUUGACCCUUUGUAUUGACACAUCUGAGUGAUUACUUUAACUACGCGGCAUGAGAGGUCAGUGACUGGUAUGAAAAUGCUCUCACUUACACGUAAUGUCUUUUGUGCCCUAUGAAGCUGAACACUGAUGGGAUAUUUUCUAUAGGCAUAUUUUACAGUGCCCCCCUCCCCCAGUACAGGAUGGCUUUAUAACCCUGCAGUAGAGUUUCAGGGGCUUGGAGAAUGAAUAUCAAAGCUCAACGAAGCAGUUCUGCUCACAUGUGAUGAGACUUUAUGGUGGAUUUUUCCUUUAAUUUGUCACCCGUCUGUGCUUUUUACAUCCCCUUAAGGAAAUUGUGUCGAGCAGCCAGUACCAAUAGGGUUUAGUGGGGAGAGCUCAUGUAACGCAGCCAUAUAUUUUAUAAAUGAAGCAUGCCGUCAAACUCGCUCUUCAUCCUAAUGUAAAUGUAAGGGGCCUGAGAGGGGUUUCAGGGCUCAGGGCACGGCCUCCCUAUUAAAUUAAUUUCCCCCCAUUAAAUCUGCUUUCUAAACAUUUGGAUCACAUGGGACUCACCUGUUGCUUUUUUUUUUUUUUUCAUUCCCUCCUGUACAUAUCCUCCACCCCUCAAGCUGUUUCCAGGCUGAUAACCAUAUGCUUUCUGUCACCUUCUUACGUUCCUUAUGGAUGGACAGGUUUGUUUUUGUUGGAGGUGUUGUGUGUUGUCGUCGUGGAUGGGCUAAUUACAAGGUUUUGUGUCACAGCCUUAAGGGGUGGGACAUUGACUCACUCUGGAUCAUUGACAAUGUCGUGCAACGAGAAAAUUGCACACAAACACGCACGUAUGCAGCCGGCGAGACAAAAACACAUGUUGUGAAAGCAAAUGUUCACACCAGGUCAUUAGCACUGACACAGGCUCGGUGUGUGCAUUCCUUUGCCCCCCUGCCCACAGUGUCUUAAAACUCCCUAACUCUGGUUUUUGAAUCGGUAAAGAACGACAGUGGCCGCUGGCUGGUGGCACAGUGUUUAGGUAUGUGUUUAUGAGACAGAGCGAGAGAGAGAGAGAGAGAAGUGGGAGGAGUGGGGCGCUCACAGACACAUUUAGAGAUCCCACUUCUCUUUGUGGUAAUGAGAAACUGCACUCUCAGCUGUUAAACACAAAGGCAGCAUCAACAGUCGCUGCUGGCUGGACAGGCAGCUGACUGCAUGACUGCGCGUGUGUGUCUGUAUGUGUGUGUCUGAGUGUGUGAAUAUUGUUGAAGGGAAUCCAUACAUCACUGAAGCCAGGAUGGAGACCAAAACCAUCCGCUUUCUGUACAGCCAGCGUUGUAGAGAGGUCCGUGCUCAGCUGGUGGAGCAGCUCAAGUGUUUGGACCAGCAGUGCGAGCUGAGGGUGCAGCUGCUUCAGGACCUGCAGGACUUCUUUCGAAAGAAGGCAGAAAUUGAGAUGGACUACAGCCGCAACCUGGAGAAGCUGGGUGAAAGAUUCCUCACAAAGACGCGCAGCACCAAGGAUCAUCUACUCAAGAAGGAGCAGAGCAUUUUAUCUCCGGUGAAUUGCUGGAACCUGUUGCUGCAACAGGUAAAGAGGGAGAGCCGCGACCACGCCACUCUGUCUGACCUCUACCUCAACAACAUCAUUCCCCGCUUUGCACAGAUCAGUGAGGACUCAGGGCGCCUCUUCAAGAAGAGCAAAGAGGUUGGCUUACAGCUGCAAGAAGACCUGUUGAAAGUUCUUAAUGAGCUUUACUCGGUGAUGAAGACAUACCACAUGUACAACACUGACAGCAUCAAUGCUGAGUCCAAGCUCAAGGAGGCAGAGAAGCAGGAGGAGAAGCAGAUGGGGCGCUCUGGUCGACAGGAUGACCGCCAAACGCCGCGUUCCCCAGACACCCUGGCCAGCAUAAAGAUGGACGAGAAACCCGUCCGGCGUUCCAGCGUCAAAAAAAUCGAGAAGAUGAAGGAGAAGAGGCAAGCUAAGUACACAGAGAACAGACUGAAGGCCAUCAAAGCCAGAAAUGAGUACCUGCUCGCCCUCGAGGCCACCAACAGCUGCGUCUUCAAAUAUUACAUCCAUGACCUCUCUGACAUCAUUGAUUGCUGUGACCUGGGCUACCAUGCCAGCCUCCACCGAGCGCUGAGGACCUACUUGUCUGCUGAACAGAAUGUGGAAACAUCCAAACAAACAGGGCUUGGUGCUCUAGAGGGAGCCACAGAGAGUCUUGAAGCCAACGGGGACAAACAGAAACUGAUGGAGACCUACAACAAUGUCUUCUGCCCACCAGCUCGCUUUGACUUUCAGUCCCACAUGGGAGACACGAUGGGAGUGAUGUGUGCACAGUCGCCACUUGAAAGCGACCUGAUCCAGAGGUGUCAGCAGCUGCAAUCCCGCCUCUCCACGCUUAAGAUUGAGAAUGAUGAGGUGAAGAAAACCAUGGAGGCUACUCUGUCCACCAUUCAAGACAUGGUGACUGUGGAGGACUAUGAUGUCUCCGAGUGCUUCCAGCACAGCAACAGCAUGGAGUCAGUCAAAUCCACUUGUGAAUCCUAUCUCAGCAAACCCAGCCUGGCCAAGCGACGGGCCAAUCAGCAGGAGACGGAGCAGUUUUACUUCACAAAGCUGAAGGAGUUUCUGGAAGGCAGGAACCUGAUCACCAAGCUGGAGGCCAAGCAUGACCUCAUCAAGAAGACCCUAGGAGAGGGUCAGAAGACUGACUGUUGCCUUGCCAGCGGACGGAGAAACUCAACAGUACGGAAGCAGGAGUCGGGCGAAACCAUUCCCCUGAUGGUUGAGAGCUGCAUCCGCUUCAUCAGUCGCCAUGGUCUGCAGCAUGAGGGAAUCUUCAGAGUGUCAGGCUCACAAGUGGAAGUCAAUGACAUCAAGAAUGCUUUUGAGAGAGGUGAGGACCCGCUCGCAGGGGACCAAAAUGACCAUGACAUGGACUCAAUUGCUGGUGUGCUCAAGCUUUACUUUAGAGGCCUGGAUCACGCCCUCUUCCCUAAAGAAGUCUUCCAUGACCUCAUAUCCUGUGUCUCAAUGGAGAGCCUCACAGAGCGGGCAGUUCAUAUUAAGAAGGUUUUGCAGUCCCUACCAAGUAAAACCCUCAUCGUCAUGAGAUACCUUUUUGCCUUCCUCAACCACCUGUCUCAGUACAGCGAGGAAAACAUGAUGGACCCCUACAACCUGGCAAUCUGUUUUGGCCCCACCCUGAUGUCUGUCCCAGAGGGUCAUGACCAGGUUUCUUGCCAGGCCCAUGUCAACGAACUCAUUAAAACUAUCAUCAUCCACCAUGACACCAUCUUUCCUGGACCGCAAGACCUGCAAGGCCCCAUCUACACUAUUCCUGGAGUUGGAGAUGACUUCUGUGACAGUCAACACUGUGAGCCCCCUCUUGUGGAAGAGCCAGCACCUGACACUGUCUCUGUCAGCCAUAACAGCGAAGAUGGCUCCUUGGCUGUUUCAGAGUCUGAUCCAAUCGAAGCCAUCGCUAGGUUUGAUUAUACAGGCCGGACCGGUCGGGAGCUGUCAUUCAAGAAAGGUGCCUCUCUGCUUCUGUACCACCGAGCCUCUGAUGACUGGUGGGAGGGACGACACAAUGGAGUGGAUGGACUGGUGCCACACCAGUAUAUUGUGGUCCAAGACACGUCUGAUGUGGGGCGAGGAAGUCCAAAGCCGGACUUGGACAGCAGGGAUCUGCUGGAGGAUAGAGUACCCACUCGAGUCAGUGCUGCCUCUCCUACAGGAGCUCAUGUAGCUGACAUCUAUCUGGCCAACCUGAACAAGCUGAGGAAACGGCCGGAGCCUGGGAACAUCAGAAGAACGCUCCGCUCAGAGAGCGACAGCACAAGUCCAGGAACCAGCGGAGGCGGGGGAGGAGGAGUGAGGACCGCUUCUCUUCCUGUUGGCGGCGCUCUUGUAAAAGAAACCGGGGACAAGCGACCCGUGAGCGCUCAUAGCAUCCUCAACUCAGUUACUCGCCACUCCUCACUCAAGACCAAGGUGGAGAGUCCACAGUUGCGGAAGACGACUACAGCAGGGCGCUCCAAGAGCUUCAGCAACCACAGACCACUGGACCCUGAAGUCAUAGCCCAGGUGGAUCCCCUCUCACAGGACAUUGAAACAACCUUAAAUGAGUUCAGUAAGUUGGAAAGACAGAGCACCCCGAAACAUACACAUACCCCUGACGUGGUGCUGGACACCCUGGAGCAGCUGAAAAGCGGAGGAGGAGCUUCAGAGCCCUCUAGUCCACUCCACUCCCGUCUGCUGCGGGACAAUGAGGGAGGCUCACACGCCCAUUCACUCCAGCGCAGCGCCUCCUCAGCUAGCGACGUGCCCUCCUCCUUCCGCCCUGCCAAGAGCCAGCCACGGAGCCCCCUGCCCUCUGCCACGUCCCCGUCUUUGUCCACCUCUCACUCCUCAUCCCUAUCUUCCUUCAGAGAGUCGCGCCCGCCAGCAACAAGGCCCAAGCCGGUGGUGUUCCCAAAGGGUGGAGGAGGUAGCGGCAGUCCAGCAAUGGGCUCCCCAACCUCCACUGUUCCCCCUACGCCUCCUCCUCCACCUGCAGGCCACACACACUCUCUCCCCCACACGCCUCCCCCUCCCCCUCCAUCCCAGUCUAAUGAUAAAUCUUGCCCUGCUUAAGUCCCAAAAUGGAAAUCCUGAUUCUUGCAAACUCUUAAGAUUCUUGCAGCUCUUCUGUCAGGUGCCAAAAGCGCUUCGCUUGUUACACAUAGGACCCGUAACCCAAUUCUCACAUGUAGCAUUCACUACUUGGAGACCAGAUGAGUUCCUUAUGAUGCCAUGUUCAAUUUAGUGUCAAGUUUUUAAUCUGCCCUCUCCUGCCAGCUCUGCUUUACUACAGCUCAACUAUCACUGAUAAAGCAAAAGACACUUCUUCUCUCUUUUUUUCCUUCUUGCCACCACAGAGAUUCCAGACUUUGCUGGAUUUUCCAAUCUUGUACAGGGGAGCAGGACUCAGGGUGGACUCAUACAGGCCCUGGAGCUUGCAUACACUAGUUUGCGUUGUAUGAAAUUCCAUUUGAGUGGGCGUGCAAGAGUGUUACUUGCCUUUUAUACACAGAUUUAUGUGAGGAAUAAAAAGCACUGUUUUUUUAAUUUGUUUGGUUUUUUGUAUAGUAGAUACGACAGCGUUUUUUAUCUUUUUAAUGACCCCGUGACUAGCAGACCAGAUUUCAGAGAACAGACUGUGAAAUGCUAACCUCUAACUCACACACUGACCUGCUGCUUCAGAAGUGGAAAGCUGGAGGUAAAGGCAGACUUUUGGGAUGAUAACAAAAAGAAAAGAAAACUGGUCCAAAUACCUGUGCAAGUCAUAUGAUGGAGAGCUUUACUUUGCCUUUUUCCUUCAGUGUUCAAUAUCAUUUUGAAAUAUUCUUAUUUUUUAAUAUUUCUUUUUUUGUAUUCGCACCACAACAGGAGCAUAAAAUAACAUGGCCAACAAUAAUUUUAAGUCUACGUAAAGCAAUACAAAUGCUAAACCCUGGUAGUUUGUGGCAUUAUGUGCUGCUCGUCUCCUGCAGCUCGGUUUUGUGUGUAGGGGACCACUGAAGACCCAGCAUUUUCCUAUGUAGUGUUGGACUGUACAUGCAAACGUACGUUUUCUUUAAACGUAUGUGCGUGGCAGUGCUUUUGUUUUGUGGCAGCUAAACCCCUUUCAGGUUUUCCUUGCAUGCUGGGGGCCGCUGACUGCAGCCACUGCAGCAGCAGCUGUCCGAGUCCAACUCCAAACAGAGCUACAUUUUGCUCCUUUUAAUGACAUCCUUCAAACAUAGCCGUAAAAAAAAGGAGUUUUGAUUAUUCUAACAGUGUGUAUGUAUAUUUAAUAAUCACAAUGAUAACUGGAAGCACGGAGCUGAGAUUCCUCCUGAGUGUGUUUAUAUAAAAGCACAACCAACCACCUCAUCGAAUACGUUCUUAAGCAAAGUUUGUUUAUAUUCUCAUUUGGGUUUUGUUUUUUUUUUGUUGGGUUUUUUAUGCUCAGAAUUUGUAAAUUGUGGAGUUUUGUAGCCACCUGGGUAAAUGCACAUGCGUGCUCCUGUGUCAGGCACGCAUUGGCAGAGUAUGUAUGCACCUCACCCAGCCCUUGCCUAAGCAAAAAUGGAUGCCAACCAACAGCGACUGCCUGGAGACACACAAAGUUCUCCGGUGUUUUGGAGUGCUGGCCGCCUAAGCGCUGAACAAAUAUGCACUGUAUAAAUGUCACCAGAUAAAAAGCGUACAGGGAUACUUAAAAUGUCUUCGUUUGCCAGUUGUCUUCACCCAGAUCCAAGAAAGAAAGCCUUUUUUUGUAACCGUGUUGAACAAAUGCUAAACUCACAUUACCCAGCACAUAGUGCACUCAUGGAUGCUCUCUCUCUCCCAGGCAAUGAUUUGUUAGUGUUAAGGUUUAUUUUUAAUCACUGUAUACUGAUUGUGUGUUACCUGGUGUAUUUGUGUUGCUCUUACCUCAUCAUGAGAACUGGAGGGAUUGUGCGCGCGUGCAUGUGUGUUCGUGUGUGUGGUUGUGGUGCAGAAACAUGAAAUGACAUUGUCGGCACAAACACUCUCGCACAUACACACCAUGCAUGUGGGUGGUUGGUGUGUUUUGUCCCAGUUGUGCUGUCCAAAGGGAACUGGGAGCCUCUUUUGAUCUCAAAUCAAUCAUCGUGCACUUGAACAACUUGGCUUGCAUGUGGACUAACUGUGUGGGGAUGAUAAUGUAGGCGUUGAAUAUUGUUACAUAUGCAUUUUUGUGUCAGUUUGAAAAUGGCAGAACUUAAAAACAAAACAAAAAAAAAGACCGUAAUGUCAAAUCUAUUUAUAGUUGUCUCUGUAUUACUGGAGAAUCCUGUGUUCAGAUUUACUUUGUAAAUACAAUGUUGUACAUUACAGAGGUACACUCUUUUUUUGGUACAAUAUUGUACAGUAAUAGCAAUAGUAGUUUAAUCAAAUAGGCCUUAUAUAAUAUUCCACGUGUAGUUCUUGUUGUAGAUCUGCUUUUUUGUUCUUUUGUUUUUUUUAAUAAACAUUGCUUGCUAUAAAGAUUCUUGAUUUGUUUGUAACAAUAAAUUGACAACAUGAAA